AGUGUUGAUUCUUUCCUGAGAGGGGAGUGGCGGGGAGGGGGGGGGGGGCGCGCGGCUUAAGCUCUCAGAGGGGAGGGGACGGGAGAGGAUGGAGGUGGGCGGGGCCCCGAGCGCCCGAGCGCGCCUUUACGCACGCGGCAGACCCCGCUCAUUCUGCCGCGCCGACGUGGUCCAAGUUCCUUCUCCCCCCAGUCGAAUUGGCACCUUCCGCCCAGGGGCCACUCCCUCAACCCAGUAGCAUUUUCCGUGCUCCCUGCUUGCCCAUCGGUUCAGUGACACUAACCAUACAACCCCGCCGGCUCACUGGUAUAUCCCGUACCUCUUCCUUCUUCCCCUGCCGGCUCACUGGUAUCUUCCCGACUCUCGCGCCCUCGUGCCCCCUGCCCUCAGCCGCGCGCCUUCCCCCAGUCGAGAGUGCCCGCGCUUCGUGUUGUGCCUCGCUGGGCCUCGCCCUCGAUCGGCCAUCAUGGGGGUACAGUCCUUCCAGGAGUUCUUGGAGAAGCGCUGUCCAGGCGCGGUGGUGUCCGUGGAUCUCCUGAAGCUGGCACGGACCAUGUCCCGCCAGCGACAGCAGCAGCAGCAGCAGCAGCAGCGACGGCGGCGGCGAGAGGACGACGACGACGAAGAGGACGAGAAGGAGAGGCGACGGGAGGACGAGGACGAGGAGGUGCGGUGGUGGCGGCGGCGGCGGCGGCGGCGGCGGCGGCGGCGGCAGUGGCGGCGGCAGUGGGUCGACGACGACGAGGACGAGGAGGCCGGGCUGCCGGGACGGCGGCGGCGGCGGCGACAGCGGCGUCACCGGCGGCGGCGGCCAGAGUAUCCGCGGGCCGAGACCCCCGCUGGGCAGCCCUCCUCUCGGGAGUCGGGGUUUGCGACCUGGCGGCGGCUGCGGCCAGAAUUGGAGCCCGAGGAGGAGGAGGAACGGGGGGAGGAGGAGGAGGCGGCGGCGGUGGAGGCGGAGAGGGGCAGGGGGCCGAGGCGGGGGCAAGGGCAAACGUGGCACCUUCCGCGGCGGGUCCGCCUUUCCCAGCCCCCUCGGGGCUUAGGCUUCGGCACCGGCGCCGGUGCGCGCCGCCGCCGGCCGGCGCGCGCCCCUCGGGGUGCGCGCGUGCUGGUGGAUGCUGCCUCGGCCCUGCCCCGCCUCUAUGGCGGCUACCACCUCGACUGGGUGUGCGGCGGCCAGUGGAGCUCGAUGUUGCGCUACCUGGCUGCGCUGUGCCAGGCGUGCUCAGCGCCCUCCGGGGGCCCGCUCGAGCUGGUCGUCAUGUUUCCGGGCGGUCUGGGCAAAGAACGGUUGCCUGAGUGGACCCGGCGUUGCCAGACGGAGCGCCAGCUGGCCCAGCUGAUCGUGGGCCACGUGGGCAAGCGGGGCACUCCGCCACCCCGUGCCUGGUUCCUGCCGCCCGCCUGCCUCAGCCACUGCGUGCGCCUGGCGCUCCUGCGCUUCCGGGUCCAGGUCUUUCAGAGCCUGGAGGAUCAUCACCUAGAAGUGGUAGCAUUCUUCCAGGAAAAUGGAUUCCAUGGCCUCCUUGCCCAUGAUUCAGAGUACGCACUCUACAACAUCCCAUCCUAUUAUAGCUCGCAUGCACUGAGACUCAGCUGGAAUGGCAAAAACCUGAUCACCCACCAGUUCCUCAUGCAGGAAGUUGCCAAGCAGCUGGGCCUGAAGCGGAUGAAUUUCCCCUUAUUCGCUGCCCUGCUGGGUAACCACAUUCUCCCAGAUGAAGACUUGGCUGCUUUUCAUUGGAGUCUGUUGGGACCCGAACAUCCUCUAGCCUCCCUGAAGCUUCGCACAAAUCAAUUGGUUCUUCCCCCAUGUGAUGUGGUGAUCAAGGCCGUCUCUGCAUAUGUCGGCUCUAUCAAAGACCCUUUGAACCUGGAUGUAGUUGGGAAGGAUGUUUUCAAAUACUCACAGUCUAGGACAGAAGAUAAAAUUGAGCGAUUCAAGAAAGCAGUUGAAUACUACUCGGUUGCAACUCAAGUCCACACAUUGCCAAUGGGCCCGUCAUCGCUGCUAGCAUUUGGGCCCCAUCAGUUUGGAGUCCCUCCCCUCCCGCAGGAGCACGUGGGAGCUGUCUCUGCUGGAGAGCCCUUGUUUCCUUGCCAAGUGCCACUGUCUUUCCAACCCGGGUCCACUUCAGCUCUCUUUUUUCCCCCUCAUCAUCUGGGGGAAUUUGUUCCUUUUCCUGAGAAACCUGUGAAGAGAUACAGCCCUUUCUCCAGUUGGUCUCUCUCCUAUGAUUCCUCAACAUCCACUUUUCAGAGUCCCCUGACCUCCAAGGCCUCCAUGCGCUCAGGUUCUGGCAGUAGUACCAGUUCAAAUCAUGUUAGUGAGCUGCUGGAGCAUAAGACAGUCGGGGAGGAUGCUUAUGACGACAAAGGGCUCCACGGCUUGGGGCAGCCAGUCCCCAUCAGGAAUUCAGAUGCUAUCCUGGGCAGUGGAGAGCCCCACAUCCCAUCUCUGCUAUCCAUGGCAACGAGGAACCACAUGGAUAUCACCACUCCGCCCCUGCCCUCAAUAGCUCCAGAGGUCUUGCGAAUUGCUGAACACCGACACAGGAGGGGGCUGAUGUACCCUUGUAUUUACCAUGUCCUUACCAAGGGUGAAAUCAAGAUCCCCAUGUGCAUUGAGGACGAGUGUAAUCCUGAGCUGCCCCCAGCUGUCAUCCUUUUCCGGCCUGCCCGUCAGUAUGUGUAUGGAAUCCUCUUCAGCCUAGCAGAGACCCAGAGGAGACUGGAGCAUCUUGCCAUCCACAGGCAACUUCCAGUGGAAAUUCCUCCAGUCCUUCUGAAAGAGUGGUCCUCUUACAAAGGGAAGUCCCCUCAGACUCCUGAGCUGGUGCCCGCACUCAUCUUUCGGGAAUGGACAUGCCCACACCUUAAGAAGCUGUGGCUUGGCAAAGCUGUGGAGGACAAGAAGCGAAGAAUGAGAGCUUUCCUGGCCUGUAUGAAGUCAGACACUCCUGGCAUGCUCAACCCAGCUAAUGUGCCUGCCCACCUGCUUCUCAUGUGCUGUGUGCUACGUUACAUGAUUCAGUGGCAGGGGGGGCGGCUCCUGCAUCUCCAUGAGCUGGAUGCCUUUCUGGCCCAGGCGGUGUCUGCUCAGCUUUACGAACCAGACCAGCUUCAGGAGCUGAAGAUUGAGAAACUGGAUGUCCGGGGAAUCCAGCUUGCUGCCCUUUUUAUGAGUGGGGUCGACACUGCUCUGUUUGCCAAUGAUGCCUGUGGCCAGCCAGUCCCUUGGGAGCACUGCUGCCCCUGGAUCUACUUUGAUGGGAAGUUAUUUCAGAGCAAGCUGAUUAUGGCUAGGAGAGAACGAGCAGCACUGAUUGAGCUUUGUGAUGGCCAGACUGAACAGGUGACUAAAGUAGAAAAGAUGAGACAGAGUAUUCUGGAAGGAAUCCAGCUGCAUAGCCAACUGCAGUCUCCCUUGGUGCUCCCCAUGAGGCCUCCCAUAGUGCCACCAUUUUACUUUCCACCAGCCUUUACUUCUACAGCACCUCCUGGGUCAGGAAGGACUCGGGCUUUUGCAGGUUUCCGUCCAAUCCCACCACAAGGAGGGAAGCUGGAGAUUGCUGGGAUGGUCGUGGGCCAGUGGGCUGGCAGCAGACACGCCCAAGUUCAAGGCUCCUUUGGCAUGCAGGUGGUUUCUAUUGGCGGGUCAGUGAAAGGAUAUGGACGAUAUCCAGCUGGAAGGUUCUCCAAAGGGCAUAAGAGAGUGAAUAAGCGAGGGUCUCCACGUGGAAUGUCCAGGCCCACUGAGGGUAUUGCUAGUCAUCCCCAGUCUCAGGUAAACAUUGAUCCUGACACCCUGGAUGAGGAGCCAGCUCUGUUCCAGCGUGCCUUACCUCGAGACAGCAGCCAAGUAGCAAGAGAGGCUUCAUCUGACCACAGAAGCUGGAAACUACAAGCUUCCAAAAGGAACACCCUUUCUUGAUUCCGGCCUCCGGCUAGACAAAAAGACAUACAACCUGGUCUCACAUUCUGGUCCCAAGCACCCUUUUGUUUUGAUCCUAGGUUCCAAGUUCAGUUCUGGUCAGACAUUUUUGUCUCGUCCUUUUCCUGUCUUCCCCCUGUGCCCUUGAGGUCAUCCCACAAGUGCCGUCAAAGAAUUUUCCUUCUCUGGCAGCAGCUCCAGUUUGGAGUUUCUUGCCUCCUUUUGACACAGCCCCUAUUGCCCUGGGAAUCUUCUCCUGCUUAAUGGGCAUGACACACAGUUCAGAUCAUCCAAAGUAGAUGAUGUUCCCAACCCUAAUUCCAACCAAUUUUCUAGCCUCUAGCUCAGCCAGUGAGUAUCAGGUCUGUCAUGCAGGAAGGGACUAUUAACAUUGAUUAGGGGUUUUGUACAUUUUUCAAAAAAGGCAAAUGUGCUUAUACGGGGGUUCGAGUGAUUCAGAAAAGUUUGGGGAAGUCAUCCUGUCCCUGCUUUGUUUUACUUGUACAAUGGAAGGCACAAAGGGACCCAUUGAAAGUGGGCUAUGUAUAUCUGUGUGUGUGUGACCUCCUGUUUAUGAGUACUGGCUUAUGUCCCUGACACACCCUUUAUCUAGAGUGACAGAUCUCUCUCUCACUUUACCUACAGCGAUUAGAGAAUUACUCAAGGGGUUCCCCAGUUCCAAAGACUACACUUGAAAUAGAAGAAAUCUUAGGCCAUCCCCUGUAUUCUUCCCUCCCAGGCUGGGGGGGUGGGGGGUGGAAUGCUGUUCAAUCCAAAGAUUGACCUUCCCGUACCUGGAGAGCACUUGGGGGUGGGGAGAGGGAAAGGGGUCUUCGGCCAGGGCUGAGAUAGGUGGCUGCCUCCUCAAGCUCCUGAAAUGACAGGAUCCACUGGGCACCAACAUUCUGACCCUGAAAUCCUUUGACUACUCCUACACAGAAGAUUCUCUGGCUCCAAGGAUUCUGGUGGCUGGUUCAGUUGUCAGCCCCUCCUGUGAGUGGCAUCACCACUCUGAUCUGGAGGCAGCUUUGUUUUUUCUGCAUGAAGCGCUCAGCACUGCCCGCGGGUCUCAACUUGGCUUUGACCCUUGAGGGAAUUUCAAUGAGCCAGUCUCUCCAGGAAGUAGCAGUGCCCUAUAGCGUGCCAGAUGACGAAGCUCCUAAGAGGGCUGUGUUUAUUUAACGGUGCCCCCGGGCUGGCCCCUUCCCCUACCCGCUAGUUUCUUGAAUACUAUCCCCAGUCUUUGGAUGCUUGCUUGCUUGUUGCUUCUGGCUCACUUGUGAAGUGUUGCCAACGGCCAUUUAGCCAAGUUGGGCCACUCAGUUCACUUUUCAGGUGGUGUUUGUUGACUAGACACCUUCUGGGAUUGGUGGAUAUUUGUAAAUGUGCUCCUGCCCUCCUGUUUUCCGUCUGAGCUCCGAACCCCUUUUCUGCCCAUUGUCCUCGGGAAUGACAGCCGCCUCUGGCCUGGAGGACGAAGAGCAGCCUUCCUUGUAGGGAAGACUUUGAGUCUUAAUGUGCUUUAAUAAACAUUUAUUCUUUUAGGAAAAAAAAA